UGGGAAGAGGUGGCUGUUUUGUGAAAUGUCAUUUCUGCGGUGUGGCCUUGGAUGCUGCUGCGAAAAGUACUGGAAAUCAUAAAGCCAGUUGGCUUGUGAUUCAUUGUUUUAGGUUUUUGUUUUGUAAAAGUGAAGUGAUCACAAAAUAUUAUUUUAAGGACAAAGAGAAUUAGGGACAUUGUUUGAAUAGGUGGACAUAUGUAACUCCAAUAGUGCAUACGUAAUCUAUUCAGUUACUUAUUUGCAAAAAAUAUUGUAAAUAAAAUUGUAAAAUGCAUCUUCGGUUCUUGCACGGUUCCUGACACUGCAGUAGUGUUUAUGAGCCUCGCAGCUUUUAGUGACUUUGUCCUCAUAAUAUACAUACCAGACAGUGAGGUACUAUUUCCAGAGGAGAGCUAUGACACAGGAAAACUAUGUGAUGUGACCAAGAUCAGACAGGAAAUCUGUUGCAGGGAAGGGACUUAAAAGUUUUCCUGUGUCAUUUGUGUUACACACAGAAGCCUCUUGGUCUUCAGUUCCAAAGCCCUUUAUGGCUUCUUCCUUCUCGCCUCCUCAUCUGUCAUUUCCAAUUGCCUUUGGAGAGGAAGUCUUCCACUUCCAUUACACCGUCUCUUGGAAGAAGGCAUCUUUUUAUGUUGCUGUGCCUCUGCUGUGUCUCACACAAUAGAGCCUCAGUCUGUGCUUGUCCAUGAGAGCAAUAAAUUAAAAAAGCCAAUUAUUCAAAGUCUCAUAGUCUUCUCUGUGCGAUCUCAUUAAGUUAAUGAACUUAAGGUAGAAGAUCUGAAUAGAGUGGAAACCAUUUAAGAUGUAUUGUCUGCCUUGAAAAGCAAAAUUUGAUGCGAGUAUGAAAAAUGGAAAAAAUAAUAGAGUGGGAGACAGGAGGCAAAGAUGUGAAGAUUUUUGAAGAAGACCUAGAAGUGACAAGAAAUCUCGAAAGAAGUUGGCUUAGAGAAGACUGACAGAAGAGGGGAGAAGUCUGAACGGAACUUAGAGCCAGUUAAUGAUCAAUAAUGAUACACAGAAAGAAUGACAUCCCUGAUGUGGUGCCGUGCCAGCUGCCCGGGAGACAGGCUGGUGCUCCACUGACUUCUGCUAGCAGCCCGCCCCUGUCUUCAGGCAUAAGGUGUUCUUGAUAAAAAGUACCUGCACUUCAGAGCUGAAGAAGGACAUGAGGAGUAAAGGGACCUGGGAUCUCACUGGUCAGAAUGAAACAGAUGUUGAAAGAUUUUUCAAAUCUAUUGUUAGUAGUGCUCUGUGACUACGUUCUUGGCGAAGUGGAGUAUCUCCUGUUGGAGCACCCAGGUCAUGUAGCCUUCAGCAAUGACACAGUAUCCGUGGAAUAUCAGUACUUCAGUGGUGGUAAUGUGACAGCAGAGCAUCCGUCUGUCCUAUUGCUGCAUGCCAGAACCAACGAGAUCAUUGCAAGAAAACAGCUUCCAGCAAAUCAGUCCCAAGGGAUGGUACAGUUUGAAUGUUUCCAUUUCAAGAGCGCUGGGGACUUCUUGUUCAGAAUGGUCUCUCCCAGCGAUAACGGCAGUGCUGCUCAGUGGAGCAGAAGAAGCAUUUCGACCCUCCAUGUGGAAUGGCCUGUAUUUCACAUUGAUUUGAACAGGAGUUCAGAGGUGAUUGGAAGCUCCAUACGGGUUGGACUUUUUACAAAUGAACAGUUGUGUGCCAUGAAUGAGACAGUGGUUUCACUAGAUGUGAUAUUCACCAGCACACUUUAUGAAUUUGGAAGAAUAAGCUCUGAUGAGACUCUGGGUGUUAGAACAAGCAAAGAAAUCCCACUCUCUAGGUCCCAGUGGGUAGAGUUUGAUUGCCCACCUGUUGCUCAAGAAAUAUACAUCACUGUGUUACUGAAAUCAUUAGAAACACAUUCCAUCAUUGCCUCCAUAGGACCCAUAGAUCUCCUCCACAAAUUUGGAUAUAGACUGGUUGUGGCACCAGAAGCAACAUGUGAAAAUUUGGUCCAGGUCUUCGUAGUCUCUCCACCAUGCACUUCUGUCAGUGGAAAAAUUGUUGUCUAUAAAGAGGCUCUUAAGCAUCCUAGCCAAAGAACAACUUGGCUGUAUGAAAACACCCUUCACCCGGGAGACAACUGGACAGAAUUUAACUGCACUUUGUUUGAUGUGGGGAAGAACAAGUACUGCUUUGACCUCUUUAAUUUCUCAAACCGAAGCCGUUUCCCCACAAGAGUUAAGGAGUGUAUGGUCAUCCAAAGGAAUAUGGAAGCGUGGAGCCCGUGGCAGCCUUGGAGCCCCUGCAGCGUCACCUGUGGGGAUGGCGUCCGGGAGCGCUUCCGAGAGUGCUUCACUUCCUCGCCGGCAAAACCAGGCUGCACUGGAUCGCCGAGGGAGACUUCCUUGUGUUCGCUGGAGGAGUGUUUGUCUAUCAAGACUCCCACUCCACCUUCUGUCCAAGCAGGAGAGGACCAGAAAGCAAAUAACAUAGUUACCGUCACAGGUAUCUCCUUAUGCUUGUUCAUCAUCUUUGCCACUGUUCUCAUCACCCUCUGGAGGAAGCUCUGCAGAGCUCAGCAGUGCAGCACUGCUGUACGGCGAAAUUCUGUCCAUUCCCCUGGUUUCCGGAAAAACUCCGAUGAAGAGAACAUUUGCCAAGGUAACAAGCAGCGGGACAGUUUUGCCGAAGGAGGGGAUGCCCCUGUUAACAUUCCCCUGACCUACAGGCGAAGUCUCCAAUUUACCCAAGAAGAUGAUGUCUCUGGUAGUGAGAACUUUCAGCCAAAUGCCCAAAAAAUAAUCCCUCCAAUUUUUAGCUACCGCCUUGCACAGCAGCAGCUGAAAGAAAUGAAGAAGAAAGGCCUGACUGAGACCACCAAGGUGUACCACGUCUCUCAGAAUCCCCUCACAGACACAGUUGUUGGUGCCACCACAAUGCUGCCCCUGAGCGGGGAAACCCAAGAGGAGGCAGCAGCAAACAAAUUUAGGAUCAAAUCUCCAUUUCUGGACCAGCCAGCCGGUCAGCCCAAAUUCCCAGGGGAAAGCGCUCACCCUAGGCUGGAUUUUCCAUUCUCUCAGGCCAAUCCUGCAAUGAGCCCUACCCAAACCUCCCAAACCUUGAUAAGAAGAGCUCAUUUCAAGCACCAUGAUAAUAGAGGGGACUUGCCUGAGAGAGGGUGUCACAGAAACCCACAGUUCAGAAGAACAGCCAGUUUCCAUGAAAUGAAAAAGGCCAGGCCUUUCAGAGAGAGAAGCAUGUCCACCCUCACCCCAAGACAGACUCCUCUUUACAACUCCAGGACCAGAACGUGGGACCAAGGUUUUGAGGACAGGAUGCGGCCAAAAUCAAGAAACACUAAUCCAGCUUGUGAAAAGCUGGAUCAGCCCCACAGCACUGUGCCAGGGUGCGAACCGCAGGGCCACAGUGCAAAGUGCCACCACAGGUCAGGUCCCCCAGUGAAGAAACUGGACCUCAUCACUGACCGCCAGCCUGCUGGUCAGGAGAAGGCAGUUGAUAAGCCUGAGCCCAACCGAAGUAAGAGGGGCCCUUCACCUAACCCCAGAGGUGUGUGGAGAAAGGAAACGGGCUUGGCUGGCAAAGAUAAUUCCCAGAGAGGCCUAAGUGUAAGCCCUGCGCAGCACAGAAGGGACAAGUGCCAAAGCUUCCCCUUGGACCCUGAGUUUGCCUUUUAUGAUAAUACUACUUUUGGUUUAACGGAGGCAGAGCAGCAGAUGAUUGACCUCCCUGGAUAUUUUGGCUCAAAUGAAGAGGAUGAAACGAGUACUCUAAGUGUUGAGAAGCUGGUGAUCUGAGUGAC